AUGAAUCUAUUUCACCCGACAGUCACUUAUACAUGUAGUUAGUAUGUUAGUAAUGGAAUCACAAUUGUAAGCAAUUUUAUUUUUUACAGCUUACUUUUUCAACAAAGACCAAGAUGGGUCGUCCUCUAAGGCAGCUCUUCUGUCCGGUAUCCCAGGAGUUGGUAAAACCACAUCAGCGACACUGGUUUGUGAAGAGCUUGCUUUUAUGUACAUUAAAAUGAAUGCCAGUGACACACGGAGCGAAAAGACCUCGGAAGAACACAUUUCUCAGUCACUGAUCAAUAAAACCAUGGAUGGCCUUCUGACAGGUUGUCAAAUUUCUGUAAGAUUUGGAAUGACUUUGAUAUUAUUGAAAAUGCUUCAUUCAUUCUCCUGUCUUACUAAUUAA